AUGUUGCUCUGGCGUCAAUUAACCCGUAGCAGGUGGGAAAGUGCGGAAACUGAGCGCGCGCUCAGCCAUCAGUCGCCCAAGCAUUCUGCGCGCACAAACACAUCGCCGUAUCCAGUGUCGAGCGCCAUCCAGUCUGCUCAUGCUGCGCUGACCGAGCGGGUGCGCGAAAGCCACGGCACCCAUAUCCCUCCUCCCGUGGCCAAGCGCGUCAACGACCCAUCGCCGGAUAGAUCCAUCGCCAAAGGCGCCGGCCCUCACCGCAGGCUGCAGUCAAUGGCAUCUGGCUCUGUGCGAGACAUCAGUAUGAUGCUGGAGAAUGCCUCGAAUAGCCCCAGCAACACGUCUCCCACAAAAUCCUUUGAAAGGUCGGAGAGGAACGUCAGGCCAUCGACGCCGCCAGGACUCAGAGAGACCAGCUCGUUUGAGGUUCCUCGCACCAGCAUCUACGAUAAAGAGAUGAAUCUCUCAACAUCGUCACUAUCAAGCAGCUUAACGCCCAUUGUGCGACCUACCGUCCGUCGACCGGCGCCGCAAAGCAUUCUGUCGGAGAACACUCCACCCCAGUCCUCAACCAUGCUGGCCUUGCAGAGCAUGCCCAGCGGAUCGCCCACCAAAGAAACGGAACCGCCGCUUUCCAACAUCACCAACGGCGCAGCGGGUGGUGGAAAGGGUGCAACCAUGGACUCUCUAGCAUCACAGAUUCUUAGCCUCACCAGCAUCGCGAGUUCCCUGCAAAAGGAAAUGGCAGCUCUCAGUCGACGCAGCAGAGACAACGCCACGGACCUGCUUAGCCUCAAGGAGGCUACAAACACUCGAGACGAGGAUAUCAGAAAGAGUCUCAGGGAUCUUUUGGGCAAUAUUCAUGAAACCUCAUCCAAGAUUGCCACAAGGGACUCGUACAAUGGCAGCUAUUUCCUCGAUAACAAGCCUCACCCGCAAUCGCCCAACAGUGGCCGAACGUACCAGAUUCCCCGGAUUCCCUCGCCCAAGAGCUUUGCUGAAUCUAUUGAUCGCGCAUCCAUGAGCACGCCAUCGUUGGUGGGUGGCGAUAAUUCGGGCGCAACUUCCAUUCUUCUUCUAGAGAAGAUUCUCCGCGGUCUGGGUACCAGGGAUGGACAGGAGUCGCUGCUCGGCCAUCUCCUUGAGCUUUCGGACAAGCUUACUGGCAUGGCAACGGCUGCCAAGGUAGAAGAGCUGGUUGAUUUUGUUCGUCUGCAGACUGAGAGUGCCAUGGUGCCCAUGAGUGCUCCAGGCCACGCCCGGAGAUUCAGCCUGGACCACGAGAAUAGCAUCCCCCACGGCCCAAGCAGCGCCAUUGCUCCUCGAUCGCUUAACAACUUGGACCAUUCUCGCCGGGUACCGGGUUCCCAGGGCAUUCUGAACGAUGACGUGAUCAACAUCAUUCGCUCAGUCAAGGAUAGCGUUGCCGCAGGUGGUGGCCUCACUGCAGAAGUCAAAGCACUUGUCCGAGAACUUCGAGGCGAAGUCCUGGGUAUGGGCCGUGAGCUCGGCAAGAGACUGGAGAAUGUCGGUAGAAAACCGGGAGACAGCACCGAGCCAUCGCCCCCGGCUAGUAAGGAUGAGGUUUCGCGGGUCAUUGACGAGGGACUUGAGCAGAUGAAGGAACAGCUCAGCCAUGUUCUCAAGGAGCACCGCCGUCAGUCCCAGGCAUCUGCCGCUUUGCAGAAAAUCACGGUCGAUUACCAAGAGAUAUACUCUGCUCUGAGGAGGGCGCUCAAGGAUAUCGAUGCCACCAAGGAAAUACCAGACUUGAACAGAGAUGACGUUCUCGAUGCUGUGCGUGACGCUUGGGAGAAUUACAAACCCGAAAUUGAAGUGCAGCAGAUUGGACUGGAAAGGGACGAGAUCCUUGAGUGCUUGAAGCAGGGCCUCCAAGAAUACGAGAGCCGCAACCAAACGCCCCCGGCAGCCACGAGAGACGAGAUCUUGACGGCUGUUGUCGAGGGCCUAAAGCACUACGUGCCUCCCCAGGUGGACACUCAGGCAUCCAUGUCCAGAGACGAGAUUAUCGAAGCCGUUCGCGAGUGCCUGGAGGAAUUCGAGUUUCCAGUGGCCCCAUCUGCGCUUAGCAACGAGCUAACGCGCGAGGAUAUGCUCCGCGCUGUCAAGGAGGGCCUCAACGACUUGGAUCUUGGAAAGAGCAACGCUCUUGUGCCAACUCGCAAUAAUGACGAAAUCAGCGCCAAGCUACACGAGCUGAUGGACUUCAUGAAGCUCGAGUUUAGAACCAUCUCGGAGAAUAGUGGCCGAGAGACUGACCAGCUCAUGGAUGCCACCAAAGAUAGCCUUGAGAAUCUCCGCGUGGCAAUUGAAGGCUACGUUGACCGUGCUACUGGUGUCGCCAGCCAAGAAGACUUCCUGGAAGGCCUCCUUAAGUCAAUGGAGGAAUUUAAAGACGAGGUUUCCACGCUUGUAUCCAAGGCUAACGCAACUUCUCGAGAACAGCUCCAGACGGAGCUGGAAGGGCUUCGAGAUGUUGUCCACUCGUCCAUGGUUCCCGCCGCCCCCUUGAUGCCGCAACCCCACAACGAGGAGCUCCUCGACGCUCUGCGGAAUGGACUGAGCAACCUUCGACAAGAGAUCCUCCGACCACGGCCAGAGACUAGUGAAAUUCUCGACGCUCUUAAUGAUGGCCUGAAUGACAUUCGAGCUGGCAUUGACAGAAUCACCAACAAGCCCGUUGAUCUCACUGCAAACGAUGAGAUCCUUGACGCCCUCAAGGAAGGUUUGGACGGUGUAAGGUCUGACAUUGGUACAAUUCGAGACUCGAGUAACGAUAGGGCGGUUGCCAUUCGUACUGUUGCCAGUAGCGACAAUGACCACGAGAUGGCGAUUAUCCCUGCUGAUAUGGCCAAGCAUGAUGAUAUCAAGAAUCUCGAGAUCCUAAUUACUCAGUUACGCGCCAAGAUUGAGGAGAUUAAGCCAAAUUCCACUGCUCCGGCUGCAGCUCCCAAGGUGGACCUUUCCCACUUGGAGGGCAUGCUUCGCGAUGUCCAGAGGGGUGUUGAUGAGCUGAAGUCUCGUGCACCAGUGAUCGUCCAAGCAGCGAAGCCACGCGAAGGGUUAGAGCAAGACAAGGACGACGCAGAGAAGCCAAAGGAGGAGGAGGACUAUGUAAUGAGAAGCAUUCCCUCCAUCUUCACCAGAAGUGGCGGCAACCCGACCAAGGAAGACGUUGCUGCCAUUGAGAAUAUUCUGCGCAACACCAAAUCCCGUGUAGACCAUCUGAUUGAUGGUGAUCAGGCGGUGCGACGGGAGCAUAUCGACACCUUGGAGUCGCUCAUCCUGGAGUCUCGAGAAGCCAUUCGAUCGGUCAACAGGCAGCUGGAAGACAUCCCCAACCUGUUCCACAAGGAUGAUUUUACCAAGCUAACGAAGCUCAUCUCGGAACUCGGUGAGGGUCUGCAGGAUAUCAAGGAGCACGCCGAACGAGAGGCUAAGAGCCCCGAAAAGGUCAAGAAGUCGGAUGUUCAUGCCGUCGAGACGGUUGUACGCGAGAUCAAGACGCUGGUGGACGGAAUUGCAGUAGCAGAUUUCGCCACCAUUACGACCCGGGAUGAUCUUGCCAAGCUGGAAACUGUCAUGAAGGAGGCCAAGGAAACUUUUGAAAACUACCAUGAGGCAUCAUCGAAAGCGCUUGUUGACCGUCAGAAUGACAUUAGCGGCGUGCAUGACCGCGUUUCUGAGGUCAAGACAUUCCUCGAAGAGUUCCAAACGGAGAUCCAGAACAAGCUUGUGGACGGUUCUACCGGCAUCGAGGGCAUCAGCAAAGUGCUGAAGGCCAUGGGCGAAAAAAUGGAAAAGAACGAGAAUGUCUCUGGAGACUUGAAAGACAUGUUUGAACUCAUGAAGAGCGAGUUUGAGAUUUCCAAGGAGGCCAUCGCUGGAUCCAGGAUCGAGUCGAAUGAGAAGCUCGACGAGGUUACAGAAAACAUUCGCACCAAGAUUGACGACAAGAUCAGCGAGGUACUGGCUAAGAACGAAGCGCUGCGGAUCCUGAUGGACGAAAAGUCGCAAGCUGCUGAAGCUCGCGAGAUUGUGACCGAGUCUGCCGUCGCAGGUACCAAGGUCGUCGCCGACGAGCUAAAGCUCCUGAUCGAUACGCUCGGAUCAACUGUCACUGAUUCCCUAGAGAAGAUGGAGGAGGCUUCCAAGAUUGUCUUCACCAAGGUUGAAGAGGUGGCCACUCGCUCGGAGGAGACUCACAACGAAGGCAAAGCCGAUCACCAGCAGACGCGCGAUCAGCUCCAGGCAGCUGUCGGCAAGGUCCAGGGCAGCGUGAGCGAGUACCAGCCCCAGAUUCUGGAGGCAGUCAAGAGCAUCCUUGGUCUCGUCGGGGAUCACUUUGAGCACUCCAAGAGCAUCCAGGACCAGGUGGUUGGGGCAAUUCCCACGGAGCAAACUUUCAGGGCCAUGAUGCCCGAGAAGUACGACGAUGCGGUGGUGCACGAGAAGCUGGACAAGAUUGUGCAGCACAAUGAUGCUGCGGCCCAAGCCUUGCUCCAACUCCAGACGCUUGACAAGGUGCACCAGUCGGUUGUCGACAGCGCCGCCGAACUGUCUGAGUUCCUUUCCAAGCAGACAAAGCACAUCGUGGAGGAGCGAGACAACCGCGCUAGGAUCCUGGAGGAGACCAACAUUGCCCUCGAACGAGCUGUCACUGAGAGGGAGCAUGCCGAGGCUUCGGUUAAGACCCUAAAGGAGGAAGAGGAGUGGCUUCGACGGAGCCUGCUGUCGCUACGUACCGAGCAAGAGGGCUUGAUGAAGCAAAAGACUCGUCUUACCGGCGAUGUCUCUGCCCUCGAGACGGCGCUACGCCUACGCAAGGAGGAGCUUCUCGAGAUGGAGCUUCGUGCCGAAGGAUUGGAACGCCGAAUCUUCAAUGGAGUCAUGGAUCACUCUCGAGUGCUCCUCUUUGGCAAGAAAGCCAAGGGCGGCGCGGAGUCUAUGAAUCGAAAGCGGGUUAAGAAACCAGCUGGCGAGGACGGCACGUCAACCUCACGAGUCAUCCCAACACAUCUUUCCUCAGCAAGAACCCCCAUGGCGCCUGGUCAAACGGGAACUCCGCGACGUAUUGCGUCGCUCAGUCAGAUGACCAAGAACGUGGCAUCGAGCACCAUCACAAGAAGCCAUAGCGUGAAGACACCGACUGUUAGUGUCAACGGCCAUCGGAAGCGCAGCUGGGGAGGCACGGCACAGAAGAGUGGACUGAGCGAGGAGAAUAAGGAGAACUUGAGCGUCGACGAAACGGUGGAAGAGCUCGAUGAGGGCGACAUGGUCAACGUGACGCACGAGUCUGCGGUUCAUGACGCAGCGGGAGAUAGCUCGGAGUACGAGGAAGAGAUUGACGAAGAUGAUGACGAGGAUGCUCGUGAGAGGCACGACGAGAGACACGACGAGAGCGAUGGUACGCAGAGGCGACGGAUCAGCAAAGGCAGCUCUGCGUAUGAAGACGAAGACUCUGGAAGUGAGUACGAGGAGAGCAUCGAUGGCGACGAUGAGCCCCACGCCGCUGUGGUUGUUCGAUAGACGAUGACGAUUGGAAUAAUGAGAGCCUUUUCAGAGGCUAUGAAUUUUAUCGAACUGGUUCGCUUGGAGGCAGUGCUGGCUUUUACCCCCUUUUCUUUUCUUGCUUUCUUCUUCUACUAUUAUUGUUCAGCAGGGAUGGAUAGUUAUGAGGAGACAUGAUAGCCGUUGUUUGUUUGAUACCUGUAUGUAGCUUUGAAUGAUAAUUGACAGUCACGUU